CCCCAUUAUUUCCGAUGCGCUGGUCAGCUCACGGCCGGAUCCGCAGCGUUGUCGCGGUGCUAGCGGAUGGCGAAGGCGGUAAAACUACGCGGCGCUCGUUGUGUCAUUGUGCCGGAGUGGAGUGGUGAGGGAUGUGAUAGCCGAGGGAGGAGGGAAGAAGGGUGGGAAUAAUGAGGCUAGUUUGGCGACGGGGAUAGAUAUAGAAACUUGGUUGAUCCGAUUAUUGAUGAGCGUUUGAAGUUCUUUCCGACCCCCUCCCCUUACACUCCUCACCACAAACCCGUUCGUCGGUCGGCCCUACUUGCCCUGCCUCCUCCGCCGUAACCAACCCAACCUCCUCCCAUCCCAUCCCAAUGAUGAAAGCCCCCCACUUCAACUGGUACGGGCGCGGCUUCAAGCUGCGCGCCGCCAUCACCGUCGCGUGCCAGCUGGCCUUCGUACUCUUUGGCUACGACCAGGGCGUCUUCAGUGGUAUCGUCGGCAACGCGGAUUUCCUGGAUACUUUCGGCCAUCCGAGUCCCGGGCUUGAGGGCAUCAUCGUUAGUAUAUAUAACUUGGGAUGCUUUUCGGGGUGUAUACUGGCGUUUUGCUUUUGUGAGAGGACGGGCAGACGGCUGGCGAUGUGGAUUGCUAUGGUGUGGAUUAUCGUUGGAGCCAUCCUGCAGACGACUGCGUACUCAGUCCCGCAUAUUAUGAUUGCGCGAUUCAUCACCGGGAUUGGGACCGGGAUCGAGACGUCGACUGUUCCGAUGUAUCAGUCUGAAUUGUGUGAGGCAAAAAAGCGCGGGCGACUCGUAUCAUCAGAGCCACUCUUCGUCGGUGUGGGCAUUGAGAUUGCAUAUUGGUUCGACUAUGGGAUGAGCUACACGACUGGCUCCAUCGCAUGGAGGCUUCCGAUUGCUUGCCAAAUGGUCUUCGCAUUCAUCGUUAUCGUCCUUGUAUUUGGCCUGCCCGAAUCACCGCGCUACUUGUACAAGCACGGCAGGAGCGAAGAGGCCCUCGCCAUACUGUGCGACGUCUACGACGGAACGCCCGACGAUCCCAAAAUUGCGAAAGAGAAUGCUGAGAUCCUCGAAGCCUUGAAGGUCGAGCAAGAGCAUGGAGAGUACAAGUGGAGCCAGCUGCUCAAGAAAGACAAGGUGCAGACCGGGAGACGUGUGCUACUUGCCUAUGGGAUGCAGUUUAUGAAUCAGAUGGGCGGGAUCAACCUAGUCGUGUACUACAUUACAUCCGUACUACAGCUGAACGUGGGCCUUUCGCGUGACUUGUCUCUGCUGCUCGGCGGCGUCAUCAAUCUCAUGUUCUUCAUCGGCUCGCUCUACCCCACAUUCUUCCUCGACCGCAUCGGCAGACGCAAGCCUAUGAUGUGGGGAUCCUUUGGCCUCGGCCUCUCCAUGAUGCUGAUCGCCAUUCUGCUGAGUUUCCAGCCCCGUGGAGGCGACCUGGCAAAAUCCACGGCUUCGGCCUCGGUUACAUUCUUCUUUACCUACAUGCUUAUUUUUGGCGCGACAGCCAAUUGCAUCCCGUGGGUGUACGUCCCGGAGAUCUUGCCGCUCCAUGUUCGCGCCAAGGGAACUGCAGUCGGUAUUUCUGCAAACUGGAUUUGGAACUUCUUCGUCGUCAUGAUCACGCCGACGCUUCUGAAUAACUUGAAGUGGAAAGGGUAUUUGAUUUUCAUGGUGCUGAACUUCGCGUUCGUGCCGCUGGUGUACUUUUGCUACCCGGAGACGUCGAACCUGACGCUUGAGGAGAUCGACUGGCUGUUCUACGAAGGUGAUGUCGUAAAGAGGAGCCGCCGGGUCGCGAAGGAGGGCUGGGCCGCGCACGAAGGAUGGGGCAGUUUUGCGCGGCAAGGCGGACAGGGCCCGGCGCCAAACGCAUUGGAGAGCGGCAGCCUCUCGAGCGGGAGGAAGGUGGAUGUCGUCGAGAAGACGGAGCACGGCGCGUCGUAGGAUGUUGGAGGACUGGCGCGACGAGCAGGACCGAGUCUCGGAACAGAUGUCGGAAGGAGCCGCCCAUGGCGCAUCAUGAGACUAACGCUAUAUCUCGAAAUAACUCGCAAUUCACCAACGAAAAGCUGAGCACUAUGAUGAGUUGUGUUGGGAGGAGUUGAGCUGGCACGAAGGCGUUCUCAUACAGUCUGCAGGAUUCUGAAACUAUCGGUUUGGG